AUGAAAAACUGCACAAAAAGUACGGUGAAUGAAUUCAGUCUUAUAGGGUUUUAUACCACUGCAACUGGACACAUUGUACUGUACAUUGGAGUACUGCUUAUGUAUUUGAUGACGGUCAUUGGGAAUGUCUUCAUCAUCACACUUGUAUGUUCAGUGACCCAGCUGCACACUCCUAUGUAUUUCUUCCUAUGUAACCUCUCCACUGCAGAUAUCACCUACGUGUCCAUUACUCUCCCAAAGUUACUGUCCAUCAUUGUAACCAAUGAUCACAUGAUCUCCUUCCAGGGCUGCAUUACUCAGCUGUAUUUCUUUUUAGUGUGUGCACAGGCGGAAAUAUUCAUCCUGACCUGCAUGGCUUACGACCGCUACGUGGCAAUCUGUAAGCCCUUGCUAUAUUCCAUGAUCAUGAAAAAAACGAUAAUACUGACCAUGUCUGCUGCAUCCUGGCUCAUUGCCGUCUUUAACUCUUUGUUGCAUACUUUGAUUGCCUCUUCUCUAUCUUUCUGCAAUUCCAAUGAAAUUGACCAUUUUUUCUGUGAACUGAAGACGGUAAGCAUGCUCUCCGCUAGUGACUCCAUAUACCGAGAUAUUUUGACCACUGUUGAAAGCGUUUUCAUCGGAUGCCUACCUUUUUUGCUCAUAGUAGUAUCGUAUGUCUACAUCAUUGCCAACAUAUUAAAUAUCAAAUCCUCCAAGGGUCGUCGUAAGGCUUUCUUUAGCUGCACCUCCCACCUUAUUACAGUCCUUUUAUUCUAUGGACCAAUUAUCUUCUUGUACAUGAAACCAGAAAUGGACAAUUCUAGAGAAAAUGACAAACUGCUUUCAAUUAUCUAUGUGGCUAUAGUUCCCAUGUUAAACCCCUUGGUGUAUAGUCUGAGGAAUAAAGAAGUUUGGGAAGCAACAGUGAAAGUCACACUCUACUUAAAGAACAUUUAA